UUAUAUAAUGUGAUGAUGCAGCUGGUGGUUUUGUUGUCUGUCGUGCUCUCUGUGCUUUACAGCCAGGGGACGGACGCCUGUCCUGACGGGUGUUUCUGUGAAAAGGCGUAUUUCUGCAAUGGAACUCUUCUACGUUGUUUUAGUAUAGGACUGAGAGAAUUACCGACCAACAUCUCCACGGACACCUGUGAACUAUUCCUGUUACCGGAGAGAAGUCAAUUUAAAACGUUACCGAAGGGGAUGUUUGACUCAUUGAUGAAUCUACAGAUAUUAGACAUGACGCGCUAUCAAUUAUCAGCGUUAACGAAUGGGGAUUUUGACGGAUUGGAGAAUUUACAGGUUCUAUAUAUUGGGUACAAUAAAUUAUCAGCGUUAACGAAUGGGGUUUUUGACGCAUUGAAGAAUUUACAGGUUCUAAGCCUGUCGAGCAAUCGAAUAACAAUGUUACCUAAUGGAAUACUGGACGCAUUGACGAAUCUAAAAACCCUAGACCUGUCGGACAAUCGAUUAACAAUGAUACCUCCUAAUGGAAUACUGGACGCAUUGACGAAUCUACAGACCCUAGACCUAUCGGAAAAUCAAAUAACAAUGUUACCUAAUGGAAUGCCGGACGCAUUGACGAAUCUACAGACCCUAUUACUGCGUCAGAAUCAAAUAACAAAGUUGCCAGAUGGUAUUUUUGACACUUUGGUGAAUCUUCAGUCACUAUCGCUUGCCGAAAAUCUCAUAACAACGUUACCAGAUGGAAUAUUUGACCGCUUGGUGAAUUUACGUGUGUUAUACUUGUUCAACAAUGGAAUAGCAACAUUUCCGGAUGGGAUUUUUGACGCUUUGGUGAAUCUAAACCAUCUAUCCUUAAUAGAGACUCAAAUAGCAGUGUUACCGGAUGGAAUCUUUGACGGCUUGGGGAAGUUAAAUGAACUGCACAGUCACCAUUUCCAAUUUACCAUCUUCGGAUGAUCAUAAACAAUUUAUCUACGGAGGAUCGCACGGGACAUUAGAAAGGUGAAAAAACAAACAAUUUUAAAUUUUAAUUUUCAUUGUUAUUACAUGGAAAUUUUUUGGCGAUUUUUUUAUAGAGGAAUUUAUGGACCCAGGUGAAUAUAGUGGUAUGUUUAAAAUUUCUGUUCCAAUUUGGUCUGGGUGCAAUGGGCUAUUCACUGGACUAUUAUAUUGAAUUACUAUAUGAAGUAUAUGUUAUAGCUUAUUCCGUGUACAAUUCAACACAAGACUCUAUUUAUUAUUCAUUAUGAUGGAAUUUAUCUGUCAUUCUAAAACUCAUAAGAUGAUAAUUAGUUUAGAUAUCAUCAUUGUUAUAUACAGACUACUCCGGAUAUAAUAAAAUUCAGGGGACCAACCUGAAUUAUUCAUUAUAUCCAAAGUUCAAGAUAACGAAUGCUGAACUACACAGAUAUUGCUACUGGGGAUUUAUUUUAACUUCAAUAUAACAGAUAGUUCAAUAUAAUCGACUUCAAUAUAAGUGGAGUGGAAUGUAUACCACAAUGUGUUUAUACAAACCAUUGUUGAUGAAUUAAGAUGUUUUUUGUUAUUCAGAUGGUUGUAUGGCAAUCAGAUAACAACAUUACCGGAUGGAAUAUUUGACGCUUUGAGAGAUCUAGAGUACAUGUAAGUAUCUCUGGUCUAUAUAUACAUGGUAUUUAUAUUCACUUUGUAUGGCAACUGAAUAAUACCCACAAUGGAAGAGAAAGAUAACGAAUAAUGACCUCAUUAUUAAGAGAAAUUUUAGCAAAUGUGUGGUCAAGAAGGUUUGAAUGUCAAACUCUUAUAACAUAUCGUCCUAUAUCUAUAUGAUUCCCUGUAACAUGUAAGGUGAAAAUAACGAACAGUGAUCAAUCUCAUAACUCCUAUAAGCAAUACAAAAUAGAUAGUUGGGCGAACACGGAUCCCUGGACUCACCAGAGGUGGGAUCAGGUGCCUAGGAGUAAGCAUCCCCUGUUGACCGGCAACACCCGCCGUGAGCCCUAUAUCCUGAUCAGGUAAACGGAAUUAUACGCAGUCAACAUCAGUGUGCCAAGAACGGCUUAACAUAUCUAUAAACUGAUUAUAGCGGCUAACUUAACUCAUUAAUUAUCUCCUUUUCUUCAUAAUUACGCUUUACGUUGUUGAUGCUAUAAUUGUGGAAAUGAAAAGAAACUGUGAAUAUUGUAGAUUCCUUAUUUUACGCGAGUACUUAUCGCGAAAUGUCUCAUGGACGUCAAAUCGCGAGAAAAUAAAUUCGCAAGUGCUCUUUUGAUCAACGGUUUUAGCAUGUGAUUUGGAGAUAUAAGAUUAAAAGCGAGUAAUUUUAUUUCGCGAGUGAUGUUUGUCGCGAAUCUACGCAAUGAUAAAUUCGUUACAUGUACGAUGGUUGUCUCAAAAAUUGGUAAACAAUGUUGAUAAUUUUCGAAAUACGCAUCAGAUACAAAAGCUUUUUUAGAUGAGACAUUUUUUACUUAUUUCAAACAAAAACCUAAACUUUAAGAUAAGUAAUAAAAGAGAUAAAUGUGGUAAUACUGAAUAGAAAGAUAUUCAUCUGCAUUGUUGGCUCACGUACAAAAAUAAGUAGAUAUUUUCUUUGUACCACUCAAUUUGAAAGCAAAUGGUUUCAUAUUAAAUGUAUCGCAUUCAAAUUUAUAUCAAUGAAAUCAGUGAUGUUUUUCAUGUCAUAUCCUGGUUUUACAACCACAGGACAUCAUAAACGGCAAAGAUGUUAUAUCAUUUCUAAACGUGCUUGUUAUGAGAUUUGCACAAUAUGACGUGGUCAGCGGCAUUCUCGGCGCACGAGAAAUCAUAAAAUAUAUGUAGGCCGUGAUUUGAACCCCACACGAGAUGGAAAGCACAUCAUAUCUUCAGAAUGUUAGCAGGGCACUAGUGUUUAAAUGGCACAAACAAUUUGUGAAUGUAAUGACAUUAGACCUGAUGAUGGGAAGGCCAUACAAAAGAAAUUACUACCGUGAAAUUCUGAAGUUAAAUAAUGUCAUGUAAUGGAUGAAGAUGGAUUUUGUGCGCCGACAGCUAUGAAAAUGUUUUUUAAUUGCAUUCUACAUCAUUAUGAAACAAAGAUGUUUUAUGAAACUUUAUUAAAAAAGCAAAAA